UUCUCUUUCCAGAUCUCUUAGCCAAAACUUAUACUAAAACUGAACGAAUUUAUACAGUAACAGUAAAUAAAAUACAUAAAAAAAUACAAAAUAAUACUUUUGUAAAAAAAAACUACAACAAAAAUAUUUUUGUUAAAAAACAAAAUUUAAACUGAUACAUUUAUGUCCUUAAACUAAGAAAAAAAACUAAAAUAAAAUACUUAACAAAAAAUAACCUAAAAACAAAACGACUACACUCUUACAUGUUGUUCUCAAUAAAUAAAACAAAUUGACAAGAAAAAAAAUUUAUAAAAUGUUUCGUUGUCAUUUAAAUUUUGUGGCGUUAAUUUUGAAUGUGAAAAAUUUACAAACUAAAACUACUACUUGUCUUGAAAAAAGACUUAACCGCAACUGUAACAGCAACAAUAUAAUUUUCUAAAAAUAAAAAAAUCACUCUAAAAAAGAAAAUUUAAAAAUAAAAUAAAAAUCAAUCCUCCAAUUUAAACAAAAAAAAAAAUAAAUACUAAUAUUCAAGUAAAAAGACUUUAAACGAAAAAUUCUUCAAGUGUUCAUACUUAAGCUUAAAUUUAAACAAAAAUCCACAAAAGAAAAAUUUAUUAAAAACAAAAUAAAAUUGUAAUUUAAAACAUUAGCGAAAAAAAUUUCCAACGAAAUUUUAACUCAAAGCUACAAAAACAAACUUAAGAAAUCCCUUUAGAAAUUUAUUUCAAAUAAUAAAUUUAAUAAAAAAAAUAAUAAAUUUCUAAAUUGUGGUUUUAGUUUGAGCGCAAGAUUGUUUAAAAGAAACAAACGAAAAAAACCCCCCGUAGAGAAACCAAUAAAACUAUUUAUAUAUGUAUAGAUUAGAGGAUACCAGCGGAGCCGCCAUGGAUAAGGCUAAACAAAAAUUGUCUGCAGCUUAUGUAUCCAGUGCGGCAGCUGCCGUUGAGGCGGGCAGUGGUAGCGGACGUCAACGUCAUGCUCCACUAUAUGGUCGUUUUGUAGGUGAAGAAGAGCUUCCUGCUACACAUCGCGAUGUUAUGCAUCAUCGAUCUAGUCCAACGUCUUCAUCAGAGGUGCGCGCCAUGCAAGCACGUAUACCAACACAUUUUCGUGAUCCCGCAACGGCGCCGUUAAGAAAAUUAAGUGUGGAUUUAAUCAAGACCUACAAGCAUAUAAAUGAGGUCUACUAUGCAAAAAAGAAACGUCGUGCCCAACAGACACAAGGCGAAGAUGAUUCCUCAAAUAAAAAGGAGCGAAAAUUAUAUAAUGAUGGCUAUGAUGAUGAUAAUCACGAUUAUAUAAUAAAGCAUGGUGAAAGAUUUUUGGAUCGUUAUGAAAUUGAUUCAUUAAUAGGUAAAGGUAGUUUUGGACAAGUGGUCAAGGCUUAUGAUCAUGAAGAGCAAGGUUAUGUAGCAAUAAAGAUAAUUAAGAAUAAGAAACCGUUCCUAAAUCAGGCACAAAUUGAGGUUAAACUAUUGGAAAUGAUGAAUCGUGCAGAUGCAGAAAAUAAAUAUUAUAUCGUUAAACUUAAACGGCAUUUUAUGUGGCGCAAUCAUUUAUGUUUAGUAUUUGAAUUAUUAUCCUAUAAUUUAUAUGAUUUAUUACGUAAUACAAAUUUUCGUGGUGUCUCAUUGAAUUUAACACGAAAAUUUGCUCAACAGCUAUGCACUGCUUUGCUCUUCUUGAGUACUCCCGAACUGAAUAUAAUCCACUGUGAUCUAAAACCCGAAAAUAUAUUACUUUGUAAUCCCAAAAGAUCAGCCAUAAAAAUUGUUGAUUUUGGCAGUUCUUGCCAAUUGGGUCAAAGGAUAUACCAAUAUAUACAAUCACGUUUCUAUCGUUCACCGGAAGUUUUAUUAGGCAUACCUUAUGAUUUGGCCAUUGAUAUGUGGUCUUUGGGUUGUAUUCUAGUGGAAAUGCACACUGGUGAACCAUUAUUUUCCGGCUGUAAUGAAGUCGAUCAAAUGAAUAAAAUCGUUGAGGUAUUGGGUAUGCCACCCAAAUAUCUGCUCGAUCAAGCGCACAAGACUCGUAAAUUUUUCGAUAAAAUCGUCUCAGAUGGUUCGUAUGUUUUGAAGAAAAGUCAAAAUGGUCGUAAAUACAAACCGCCUGGGUCACGUAAACUACACGAUAUAUUGGGCGUCGAAACGGGUGGUCCCGGUGGUCGACGCAUGGAUGAGCCGGGUCAUUCGGUAGCGGACUAUUUAAAAUUCAAAGACUUAAUAUUACGAAUGUUGGAUUUUGAUCCGAAGACACGUGUCACACCGUAUUAUGCGUUACAGCAUAAUUUCUUUAAGCGUACCACAGAUGAGGGUACCAAUACGGGUGCUGGUUCGGUACAAACUGGUAGUAUAGCAAUAUCUUCGCCUUCCGUUAGUUCAACAUCAUCAUCGACGGCCGCUCUAGUGCCGGGUGGUCAAAUGGUACCGGUUAGUGCGGUGCAACAUUCAGAACAACAGAGUCAUGGCCUUUUAAUGCAUCCCUCAAGCCAACAGCCCAACAGUUUAAAUAGUUUGGGUCAAGCAGCCUCUGCAAAUCUAAUGCGUUCAUCACGUAGUGGUGGUGGUGGUGUUGGUGGACCACAAAAUUUCGACCAAAACUCUAUAAUGAUGAAAUCCCUAUAUGAACAACAACAGCAGCAGCAACAGCUGCUGGCGGCUCAACAGUCAUUGCAGGGUUUACUAUCGCCCGGUUCGAAUAGCAGUUGUAGCAGUACCACACAACAACAGCAACAGCAGCAGCAAUCGAACAGUGUAAGUAGUAAUAAUUAUCCCUUGGCCAUGGAUUGUGAUCCACCUUUGGCCUCGCAACAAAUGCCACCACCACCGCCACCCUUACAACUACAUACAAAUAUGCGUUUUGGUGUUAAUACCUCAUCAUCGUCUUUACAAGGUGGUGGAGUAUCUUCCACUACAUCGGGUGGUAGUACAGGCUCUUUAAAUUCCUCACGCAUACGACAAAAUUCUGGCAGUUCAGGUGGUUUUAAUCCUUUGCAGACCAACAAGCAUCAGCCUUCAACAGCUGGUACAGCUGUGGCGCAUCAUCACAAUUAUGCACCCGCUUCGCUGCCAACAGAUUUUGUUCAUCAUCCGCUGUCGGCGGCUGCCUCGCAUCUAAUGAUGACCGAUUCUAGCGUUAUAACUGCCUCUGCAGCUGGCUCAUCUACUGGACCUGCCUCGUAUACAUCCUGGCCCUCGGUGGCACCACCCAGCAAUCAUGUCUUUGGCCUGCCUCCACCACCACCGCCCUCACACAUGUUAGCCGGCGUUAGUAUGUCAAAUGAUAUGAUUAAUGCUCCCGCACAUUUACAGCAACAACAUUUAAUGCAUCAACAGCAGCAGCAGCAACAACAGCAGCAGCAUCAAUUACAACAUUCACAAAGGCGUGCCGUUGGCGGUGGUGGUGGUGGUGUUGGUUCGGAUCGUCUACCUCCGGUCAAUUCUAAUAAUAGUUCGAAUUCUUCUGGUAAUAAUAGUGGUUCUGCCAGUGGAGAUGCCUCUUCGACCAUGGUAGGCGUUUGUGUUCAACAAAGUCCUGUAGUUAUUCAUUAAGUUUCUAAUCCUUUCCCUCUGGUUUUCCUUACUUUACAAGAAAACACUUCUUCAACUCUCAUUGCUUGACUUUUUCUUUUUGUUAAGAAAGACAGAGAAAGAGAGAGAGAGAGAAAGAGAGUUUUAUUUGUAGGUAGUGUUUUAUUCUAUCUUGUACUACUUUUUUCUCUAUAUAUUUUCUGCUCUAUUACUGCUCUAAAAUACUUUAAAAAAAUUAUUUUUUUUAUAUAUAUAAAUAUAAAUUUUAUUAAUAUAAUUUAAUACGAGAUAAAACAAAAAAGAAACAAAAAAUA